AGCACAGAGGGGAGAGGGGUUUAGGCAAUGUAGGCGGAGGGAGGGGAAAGUAGAGAGAACCCGAGAGAACCCGAGAGACGGGACGAGAACAGAAAGAGGUGUAGUUGUGGCAUUACCGAAAACAUGGCGGACAGACUUUUGCUCUUGUGAGCAAAUAACAAAAACAAACAAACAAAAGAAAAAGGGUGCGAGACCGGUCUACGAAGACGGAUGGGCAAAAGAGAAGCGGGGAGGAUUAAAGUAGGAUGUGGAGCAGCCUUGGUGACGGCCACCCCAAGUGUGCAGAGAGGAAAUAAAAAGUAGAAGUGCGCAGACUUGCCUUAACGGGAGCCAGAAAUUACAGGCGAACGACUGUCUACAAAUACAAGUCAAGCCAGACAGGAAGAGAGGGAGGCGGGAGUGAUGAGUGCGCAGGACAGCAGACAGACGUGAAGAAAAAAAAAAAAAUUAACAGUGUUCGCUGAGCGGCGUGUAUGUGUGAGGUGAGGCAGAGCAAUCUGAUAAAUCUGAGCGCACAGGCAGCAGGAGAGGACAGAUUAAAUAAAUAAAAUAAAAAAGGGAGUGUUGUGCAAAGUAAAAGCAGGACAAGGAGGGAGAGAGAGAGAGAAAAGGUGGGCCAACUAAAGGAUAAGACUACCUGGAGGAGAGAGGUAUGAGGGGGCAGCUCCCGAAGUCUCUCUUCUCUUUCAUGAUCACCCUCCUCUGUUUGGGGAGCCUGAUGACCACGCUCAUCUGGUACACGUCGGGCGACAAUCAUGUGGAAACUUACCAACCGCCCCCUCAAAAGAAACGUGCACCAAAGCCCUCUGAGAUUUGUAAAGGCUGCAAGGAAAUCAUUGACAAAAUACAACAGCGUUACAAUCAAACCUGGAUGAAGCAGGAGGAGAAUUACAUGAAAUUCAGAGCUGAUCUGAGUGUUAAGUGCAAUGGGUUUGACAAAGCCAUCAUUACCCAAAGCAACACUCCGGUGGGAUUGAAGCUUGUUUACGAUGGUGAAAAGAAGAGGACUCUUGAGGUGAAUCAGGACCUGUUCAACCUCUUUACAAAGAAGCAUCCUUUCUCAAAUAAAAUAUGGGAUACAUGUUCAGUUGUUGGGAACGGUGGGAUCCUGUCUGACAGCGGCUGCGGAAAAAUGAUUGAUUCGGCUGACUUUGUUGUCAGGUGCAACCUACCUCCUUUGGAAAAUGGAUAUGAGAAAGACGUUGGCAUCAAAACUAGCCUUGUGACAGCAAAUCCAAGCAUCUUCUUACAGAAGUAUGGCUCGCUGAUGGGACGUCGCCGUCCAUUCGUGGAUAGUCUUCGCAAGUAUGGCAACUCUCUGCUGCUCCUUCCUGCCUUCUCCUUUGGUGUAAAUACUGCAGUGUGUCAGCGGGUUGUUUAUGCAAUAGAGGACUUUGAAAGCCCUCUUCAGCCUGUUUUCUUCAACCCUCAGUACCUUCAGAGUCUGGCCCAUUUCUGGCGUUCUCAGGGCCUGAGGGAAACACGGCUCACCACCGGAUUAAUUAUGGCUAGCUUGGCCCUGGAAUUCUGUGAAAAUGUGCAUCUGUAUGGAUUCUGGCCCUUCAGUAAUCACCCAUAUGGCCUCUAUACCCUGACUAACCACUACUAUGAUGACAAACCAGCUAAAACAAAUUUCCAUGCAAUGCCGGCUGAGUUUGACCGCUUGUUGCAGCUGCACACUCGAGGGGUACUAAGGCUUCAUCUGGGAGACUGUAAAGCAGAUGGAAAAUAGUUCCCAGGGACAGACAACAGCACAGAAGCAAAGUGUCAUCUCUGUAGCCUCAGGAAGAUGUGCAGGACGAAGAAGUGCAUCUUUGAACCUAUUUAUUACCUAAAUGUUCCAUCAGGAGUCUGGAACUAUUUCAACAUAAGUGGGAUGUCUUUGUAAAGCCAUUGCUCUCAGCAUUCUAAUGCCUUAUGAAAAAUUUGUCUCAACUUGUUUUGAAAUAGCAUGACGACGUUCAUGCUGAAACAUUUUUAGAAUGAAAACUGAGCACUGAAUGUAAGGAUUAUUUUGAUACUUUGAAAUGUAUUUUUGUACCAGCUGGGGAUGAAUGUCUAGUGCCUGAUAAAAUCACACAAAUGUGGUGGUUGUGUGACAUGAUUUUUGCACUCAUAAGUGGAACUUAUGCUUCUUUGAUAAUUCUAUCCCGUAGGUACAGUAUGACAUAACUGCAAACAGCUCAGAAACCCAUGCAUUAACUCAGGCAGGAACCUGGCGUGCACCUCCUUAUAAAUGGAACUGCAUAUUGAAUUGAUGCAACCUGCAAUAAUUCACCUGUUUCACAUAUGCAUUUUCGGUUACUUCUUCUAAUGCUGCCACUUUUCAAAUUGACUGCAAGAGAAUGGAUCAACUUGAAGAGAGAAACAUGUGACUAGACAGGGAUAUCUUACUGCCACAAAGUGGUAACAUACAUUGAUUGGUAUGUUAGUUUGGAAACAAGUUCUUUAUAUUUUAAUACUGAUGCUUGUUCACUACGGGAACAACUGAAAAUUUGCACUAUGGAUGAAAACAGCAAUUUUUUUAAUGCAACAUUUCUAUCAAUACUUUGGUGUGUCUGCUAUAACUAGGAGUGUUACUUCUGAACAGUGAUUUUUGUCAUUCAGAAACACUCUAAUCAGUCACAAUGUUAAAACAGCAUGUCGCCUAUCAUUCACAGUGCUUCCAAAACAGCUUUGAACCUGUGGGGCAUACACACAGGAUCUUUGUGGGCAAGCUGAUAUUAUUGGGCAUUUUAAUGAAAAUUUUUAUAACAGCUAGUUCUGUAUUUAUAGCAAAUGCAGCAUUGUCUCAGUAUUCUAAAAUUAACUGUCUUUUCCAUCUAUUAAUGCCCCUUUAAGGAUCCAAAAAGUCAUUUGAACCUGAUAAGCUGAAUUCCUGCCUUUUAAGGCUUGUAGCUGAUUUUAUUUUAUUACUGAGCCAACAUCCUUCAGAGGUAAACAGUUAUCAUCCCAUAGCCAAACUUUCUGUUCUUGCCAAGAUUUUAGAGUCUGAUAAAAGCUCUCAGUUGAAACUGUUAGGUCUUAUUUUUACUCUUUUUACUUUACGAACAAAAGUAUAAUGCUUUAGGGUAAAAAUCCAAGAAUUGAUUAAUUAAUUAAUUAAUCUUAAUUAUUCAAUCAUUCAAUUGAUUAAUUAAUUAAUUAAUCAAUUGAAUGAUUAAAUAAAUGGUGAAUAAAUCAGAUGAUUAAAUUAAUAAUAAUUGAAUUCAAUUAAUAAUUAGCAGUUGACUUGAAGUUCUAAGUAGUAGUUGAUUAAAUGAUAAAUUAAUACAUGAAUCAAAUAAUGUUUAAAAAGCAGUCGAAUUAAAAUGUUCAGUAGUGACUGAAUUAAAAUAACUAAAUAGUGGCUGAAGGCCAAGUCUAAACCACGGCUCUCUCCAUCUGUUUUUGAAUUGAUAGUGCUUGUAGUAUAAAAAUGUUAUGUUUAGUUUAGAGUCUUUGCUCUGUGGGGGGGGGAGCACAGCCAGACUGCUGGGAUGGCCUGUGUCUGCCUGAACCAAAUGGCCCAUGCGCAUGUGUUAGCUUCUGAUUCUUUAAUAUAUUAAAUGUUUUAUUUUUAAAAUAAAGGGUUUUAGAUGUCUUCCUUCACAAAUAAAAAAUACGCCAUGACAAAACAAUACUUGGUUGACAAUAAUAUUUUAUGUGAAACGCAGUCUGGUUUUAGGUUGAGCCAUAAUACUAUAACAGCUGCUAUGUUGAUGGACAGGAAUCUGCGUUGUGCUGCCAUGUUUGUUGAUUUAUCCAAGGCAUUUGAUUCUGUUGACCAUGAGCUGCAGUUAGAUAGACUCAGUGAUGUUGGUUUGAGUGAAGGGGCUAUAGGGUGGUUCAGGAGCUAUUUUGUGCAUAGAUCACAGUGCAUUUGUACAGAUGGAUUUCAGUCUAGUUUUCUGAAGAUUGAAGGAGUCCUUCAAGGCUCAGUCUUAGGCCAUGUUUUAUUUUCUAUUUUUAUCAAUAAAAUGGGACAGAAUAUGUUUACAGCUAAAGUGCACCUUUAUGCAGAUGACACUAUACUUUAUGCAGUUGGCUCUACUUCAGUUGGGGCUCUCACCUCAGCUCCAACCAGUCAUGGCAGAUGACUGUCCCUCCCUGAGCCUGGUUCUGACAGAGGUUUCUUCUGGUUAAAAGGGAGUUUUUCCUUCCCACUGGUGCCAAGUGCUUGUUCGUAGGGGGGUCAUUUUAACU